AACAAAGACGCGUUUGCAUCCAUGGCAAGUAGCUCCUACGGUAGGAAAUCAUUCAUUCUGUCUACAAUCUCCAUUGCUAGGUCGUACGGCUUCGAUGGCCUCGACCUAGACUGGGAGUACCCGAGAAACGCGGCAGAGAUGAGCGAUUUCGCUGAGCUACUGAAAGAAUGGCGAUACGCCGUUCAGGGAGAGGCCUAUAGCAGCGAAUUACCGGUUUUGAUCUUGACCGCUACGGUUUACUACUCCUCCAAUUACAAUGGGGUAGUGUACCCUGUUAAGUUCAUUUCCGAAUUAUUGGAUUGGGUUAAUAUUAAGGCUUAUGAUUUUUACGGACCGGGUUGUACCGAAGUUACAGGUCCACCCGCCGCUCUGUAUCUUCAAUCCGACGGUCCAAGUGGAGACUCAGGCGUGAAGGACUGGAUUGAUGCCGGACUUCCUGCGGAGAAAGCAGUGUUAGGGUUUCCAUACUAUGGCUGGGCCUGGACUCUCGCAGACCCCAAGAAUCACGGAUAUUACGUAGACACCACUGGACCAGCGAUAUCAGAUGACGGUGAGAUCAGUUACAGUCAGUUAAAGACGUGGAUAGUAGAUAACAAAGCGACGACGGUGCAUGAUAACAUAGUUAUCGGAGACUAUUGCUACGCCGGGACAACUUGGAUCGGGUACGACAGUGAGGAGAGCAUCGUCACCAAAGUGAUAUACGCUAAGCAGAAGGGUCUGCUUGGUUACUUCUCGUGGCAAGUUGGAGGUGACGACAAAUCGGAACUCUCAAGUGCAGGUUCGUCUCCUUACCAUAUACUUAUUUGA